GUCUUUCAUCAACCAUUCUUCUGCAUCAAAAAUCUCAGUCAUUCCAUUUGGAGCAUAAGAUUCAAGUUGGCUACUGCAAAUUCAGAAAAGCCUCACUAUUAGAGUGUUCUGUAGCAAUGAUUGUUGAGAUUUUGUCUCUUCGUAUCUGAAAGGUUUAAGAUUGUUUUAUGGUGAAGGCAACAACAGUGAAAGAUGGCAAGUGAAGCUCCAAGUUGGGCUGAUCAAUGGGGUGCUGGUGGUAUUGGUGCCAUGGAAGAUGAUGUCACAAGAUCUCAGAAGGAAACAGGAAAGAACAAGAAUUCAGGUUCUAAGGGUGGUUUCGGCAGAGUCAAAGCAACUGCUUCAAAUUGUGUCAAAUGGUUCAAAAGCCUCUGCAAAAGAAAGAGUACAUCCAAUUAAUGUAUAAUGUGUGAACUACUACUUCACCACUAUGGCAGCAGUUUUGUAGCCUUUUUUUUUCACCUCUUUUAAUGAAUUGAAGAUGUAUCAGACAGUUAAGGUUGAUUGAAUGACAUUACUUAAUUAUGGAGGAA